AUGGCCACGACAAACGGCGACAUCAUGCUAUCCCGAACUGAUGCCCUUCCCGAUAACCUGGAGCCGCAAAGUCGAGAUGACUGCUCCAGUGACAGCAAUUCAUCGAUAUGCAUACCCAGGUCGUCAAGCCCCCCUCGACCGGCUAGAGUCGGACUGCCGGAUCAUCUCAACCUCGACAACAAAGCAGCGCCGGCAGCCGAACCGCCGUUAGGCACUAUGACAAGCGGUCCGCUAGUGCGCAAAUUGAACUCUAAGGAACGGCGUAAGGAGCAACGGCGCAAGCAGCAGCGGAAGGAGGAGCGGCAGCAACGCCUUAAUCCCGCAAAUAUCGCUGCCGCCUUGGGCGACAGCUUCGAAAAGACAAUGCGUUGUGUGCCCAACGAGGGGCCUAAGCUACACCCUAUAGUGUUGAACUUCGCGGGCAUCAUGGCAAAGCUGUCGGGCGUGCCCCACUACCCCCCUCCAGCCGGCCCGUUCUAUACCGCUUCCGACCAGCUAGUGGGCGUUCUUCGGAAGCUCAUCCACACCUGGGACAUCGACUGCGCGCUAUGCAGGCUCCAUUACAAGGCCCCCGACACGACGACGCACCGAUUGGAGAACUGCGACUGUCUGGAUGAGUCUUCCGAUGCGCGGUGCUGGCUCACAAUGUUCAAGUCGUACCACGCAUCCUGCAACGGCAAAGGCUCUCGGUGCUCGGAGUGCCUCUUCCCAUCAACACUCUGCUUGCGUACGGUGUAUCGCGAAGAUAUGGACGAGGAGUACGGCCACGAAAAGGAGGCACGCGAAAACUGGGGCGUCAUCUACAUGGAGGCACAAUGUGACUGGGUCAAGGUCAUUCAAAGAAAGCAACUGUGCAAGAUGUGCGUGCGCGGUGUCGCGACGGGUCUAGUGCGCAAGGUCAGGGCGAUUCAGGCCGAGCUGGAAGCUGCUGUUGUGGAGAUUCCGCAACCUCUUCUCGCAUUCUUUCUGAUGGCAGAAACUUCGGCUCUUACGCCAGCAUCCAUCCUCUCCGUCGGUCGCAAUGUCGCUCUUCCUGCGCUGCCCUUGCCUGAGAUGUCCAGAGCGAACAUCCAGGCUACCUUAGCCCUCUUGGCGGAGAAGACCAAGUUUGUGAUGAUGAUCGUUUGGGCUCGGUCGUUGCACGGCGUGGAAAUGGCCCCGGUUCAAAUUUUGUGGGCGGCGAUGCUGUCGUCCGUAGACGCGUCAUGUUUCGCGGCGUGCUCUUGA